UCGUGAACGAUAAAUGGAACGCACUCGUUGUUGAUGGUUCUCAAUGAAAAAGAGAGAGAAAGAGAAACCGUUAUUUAAAAUGAUAUUCACAGUCGAUGACGAAUUACGGAUUUUUAAUGAGGAAUGUAACGAUAGUCGAGGCUGUUAUUUCGCAAAUUUCGAGAAUUCGAAUGAAAUAUAAGGGACAUAACCUAUACAAAUCUUACUUAUGCCUAUUCUCGAUUCGAUAGUAGCAAAGAUCCUGUUUGAUCAAAAUGUUGGAAGGACUCGUGGCUUGGGUGCUCAACAAUUAUCUUGGCAAAUAUGUGGAAAAUUUGAACACGGAUCAGCUAAGCAUUGCCUUGUUGUCGGGGGAAGUUGAAUUAGAAAACUUACCUUUGAAACGCGAAGCUUUGCGUCAUAUUGGAUUACCUAUGGAAAUUAAGGCUGGAUUCAUCGGUAAAGUUAGAUUACAAGUACCAGUUAGACAAAUAAGGACCGCAUCAUGGGUCAUAGGCAUAGAACAGCUUUAUCUAGUAGCAGGACCGAUUAAUUUGGAUGAGUACGACAACGAAAUGGAGGAACAAGCAAUAUUAGAAUAUAAACUUAGUCGAUUAGAUGCAUUGGAAGCUAGAUGGAAAGCUGACAUAGAACAUGAUCCUGGUUAUUACGCUUCGAGUUACAGUUCGUGGCUGAAUUAUGGCACAUCUCUAGUAACAAAUAUCAUCGAGAAUUUACAGUUGAACAUCAAAGAUGUUCACAUUAGGUAUGAAGAUGGUGUUACAUUAUCAAAUGAUAAUGGUAUCGCAUUUGGCAUUACAAUUGGAGCAUUAACGAUUCAAAGUUGUGAUGCUAGCUGGAUACCUGGUUCCACAUCUUGGAAUCUUACAGAUGCAUCUUUUAAAUUAAUGGAACUUGAUAGUCUUUCUGUUUAUUGGAACCAUGUAAAGAAAGAUCAACUUUUUGGAGGUCUGAAUCUAGGUGAUUUAGCUAUUGCCAUGAACGAAUCAAAAAAUUCAACGAAGCGACAUAUUUUAUCGCCUGUAAACGCAAGAGCACAUAUUAAGAGAGACCGAACAGAACGUCCAUUAAGAUCUAUUAAUAAACCACGUAUCAUAGUAGAUUUACUUUUGGAUGAAGUACCAUUAUCUUUAACAGACAUUCAAUAUGAAGAAAUGGUCAAAUGUAUCAAAGAACUCGACCGCAUAGAUCGCUGUAAGCAGCAAUUGCGUUGUAGACCGGUAACCCCUGUUAAAGAGAGUUUCAAAGAGUGGUGGAAAUAUGCUGCUAGAUGUCACCUCGGCAGAGACACGCUUAAACCUAAACCAUCUUGGGAAACUCUUCUUCUCAGAGCAAGAGAGAACAUUAAUUAUGUUCAGGCGUAUGCUAAAUUAUUAGGCACACCUACUUCGGUCUUACCAACGGAAACUAAAGCUUUGAAGGAGAAAGUUGAGAACGAGCGGAGUUUCGAUGAACUUCGGGUGUUGAGAGAAUUGGCUAUGCACAAAAUGAAACCCGCAAAAUCACAACAGGAAUCUAAUACAAAAAUGCCACAGGGACGUGGCAUGCUCGAACAGUGGUUUCCACAGUGGUGGGGCUGGUACUCGAAAACACCACACAGCAACAAUGGAACACAAAAUGGAGGUAGUUCGACUACUUUUGAUGGUGAAUUGCUAGAUGUUUUGGCGGACACUAUGAAUGAUGAUACUUUACUACGUCGUGACACGAUAUUUGGACAAUUUAAUUUCACUCUAGUGCAAGGUGCGGUAUCGUUGUGUACUGCUAGAAAUGGCAGCGAUGGUACGAAGACUGUGAUAGAACUUAAAUUUGAGAGAGUAAAUCUAAGUUAUGAGUCACGACCUAGGUCCGGAUCACACAAGUUUUCGAUCAGUUUGGGCGCAUUAUAUUUACACGAUUUUCUCACAGAGAACUCGACAUUUCCUAUUUUAGUGCAACCACAAAUCAUAUCUAGCAGCACUUCCUCACGUGUCCGCAAUUUAUCUUCGGAAAAAGUGACGAAACAAGCCCCACAUCAUCUUUUCGAACUGAUUUACGAGAAAAGACCGUUACAUGUUAAUAUGGAUCAUUUGUUGCAUAUGUAUUCACAGUCUUUGGACAUUGUGUACAAUCCUACUGUGAUAUACUGGUUGAUAGAUUUUAUAUAUAAGCCGCAUCGAUCGACAUCGUCUAAUCAACAAUUCCAGGCGAUGAAGCGUCGCACGAGAAGACAGCUGAUCAAAAAUUGGGAGCAGAUCUUAGACGGUGAUUUUGUGUAUCGUUCGUCGUGGGAUCUGCAAUUUAAAAUCUCUGCACCACAGAUUUUGUUGGUAGAGAGCUUCGUCGACUUUAACGCAGCCGUAAUAGUAGUCGAUUUCGGUAAAUUACAUCUGUCGAAUUAUACAGAUUUGAAUGAGAUGAUACUGAAAACAGAAUCAAUCAACAGCGAUGAUGAUGAGGAAGAGAGAUAUGAAACACCUUGCUCCACUCCACCGGGUAGCCAGGAAAACGGCUCCCUGAAUGAUUUCCAAGCUUUAUCUGAAACGGAAUUACAUAAGAAAUUGUACGAUCAGUACUCCAUUAAUCUGGUGGAUUUGCAGGUUUUGGUAGGUAAAGCGAAGGAUAAUUGGAAACAUGCUCGCACGAGAAGCAUGUCAACUCUGCACUUUCUCGAGCGUUUCAACAUAUCAUUACAAGUCGAGCGACGUGUCUUUACCACUUCGGAUCCUAAUUUCCCGUCAGUCACGGUAUCAGGUAACCUGCCAAGAUUGGUUGUGCAUGUAAACGAACAGAAAGUGGGCUCGAUACGUUUGAUGUAUAAUUUACUUUCGAGCUUCUCUAACUCGGCUGGUAUUCCACAGGCGGAAAUCAUCAAUGUAGAACCUGAGAGCCCCAAAAAGGAGGAAAAUCUAGAUCGUUCGUUGAGUCAUGCAGUGAUGGUACAAUUUAUUAUUGAUCAAAUGGCCUUUGAAUUACAGUCGAGAGGUCGCAGCGUAGCGGAAUUACAAGUGUCUGGCGUUCGAGCAGCUCUCAGUAAAAGAAUUGCAGAUCUGAGCAUCUCUCUCUCCGUUCAUGGAUUACUUUUAGUCGACGCUCUUCAGGAAUUUGGACCUGAUUUUGAACUAUUGGUGGCCAGUCACAAACACGUUGGUAUGGACAGUAUUUCCGGCAGCUUAAGAGACUCAGAACCAACAUCUCCUAUCUCGCCAGAGUCACCUGAAUCACCAGAUCUUACAAGACCACCGCGACUAACUUCGCCUAUCGCUCUAACUAAUGCAUUAUCCACCUUAGUAAGCAAAACAAAGAUUCCACAUUCGCCUAGAAAUAAUUCAUCGGUUUGUCUGGAAAAAUUGGAUUCGGAAGCACUGAUUAUCGUAGAGUUGACGCUGGUGGAUGAUUCCAUAGAAAACUUGAGGAUGGCAAACAUACAGUUCAAUAAUCUGGAUAUUAUAGCCAAUCAAGAGACGAUAGUAGAAUUGCUGGGUUUUUUCCGGAGAAUAUUGCCGCUGCAGAAAUCGCGGUCGGCGUAUAUCGCUAAUCGCAACGAUUCCUUGUCGAGUCAAAAUACAGAGACGAAGUCGGUAUUGACAAGAACAGAAAUUACUUUCGAAUUUCACCGUUUGAAUGUGCUACUUCUACGCGCGGUCGUGCAAGACAAUCAAUUGGUCGGACAAAAGAUCGCCACAGCAACCAUGUCGGAUGCGCGCAUACAAGCAACAUUGGCCGCAAACACAUCAAUCUCGGGUUCUCUCGGUGGUGUACAGGUUCUCGAUCAAACGCUAACUGGAAAAACCCAUCAACGGAUAAUCAGCGUAGGUAGAGAUCCGCUGGCGGAUCCACCACAUCAUCCACUCGAGCAUUUCAGCGGCUUAUCCGAUAAUGAACAACAAGAAGCAUUCAGAUUCAUGGUUAGCCGAAAUACCAGACAAGCUAGCGAUGAAGACUGCACCGAAAUCGAUCUCGAUUUCACGAUACGUGUGGCUAGCGUCUGGUAUACUCACGCACCACAUUUGAUAUCAGAGUUACGUUCAUGCGCCGACGAAUUCAAACAGUACUUAAGCAACUUUGCGCGUCAGAUCGGUGCAGCCGCUACCGACAUGGCAAUCGGCUUAGUAAAUGCCGACGAUUGGAGCAUCCCGCCGCGUAAACGGUUACCUAGCGUUUCGAUCGAUUUAGAUAACACGAAUGGAUUAUCGUUAAGAUUGGACGUGCUUCUGGAAAGUCCAGUGCUCGUGAUACCACGCUCUUCGCAUAGCAAACAGGUAUUCGUGGCUCACCUGGGCACAAUGUCAUUACGACACGAACCUCAUCUAGGAUCUAUGGCAAAGCAAAAAAUUACAUUGGAAGUGCGCGAUAUGAAUCUACAUUCUCUCGAAGUGACUACCAAUACUGGACAAUCACAGAACAAUCUACCGAUGAGAGCUGAGGAGAUGUACUCGUGUAAAGAAUCUGGCAGGCCGAUAUUGCAUGACACGACGCUAAAAAUUUUAGUCGAGAAACAGAACACGUUAACUCAAAGUAUGAGUUUCCUGCUGGACAUUGAUGAUUAUACGAGUAACAGCCCGAUUGUACAGGUAAAUGGUACUGUAAUAACGCCUCUAAAAGUAUCUCUAUCGCGUGGUCAAUAUGAGCAAUUAAUCGACACUUUUCAUCGAUUGUUCUCCAUGCCCGUAGUGACUGCUACGGCCGCGACUGAAUGUGACGAUCUCGAUGGAGCGUCCGACUAUUCGGAUAAGCUCGAUCUCUGCGUGAAGGUCUCGUUUGAGCUGCCGAUCCUCAGUAUAGAGCUGAAGCAGGCGCACUCAGAGCAACCGGUAGUAGAGCUAUCGAUGCGCGAUUUUGUGGUCAAAUACGAAAAAUUACAUCGGAACGAAUCCAGCGUGCAAGUCGCGCUACGUUCCCUGCUGAUGGAAGAUCUUUUGUGUCCAAUUGGCUCGCGACAUCGUUAUAUGAUGCAGUCGUCGGCGCCCACGCGCGCAAAAUUGCUCACGGGUGCUUCGAAAUCGUGUCCAGAUCUUGCCUUUGCGCGACAAUACAGGAACACCUUCGGUCGCGGCAGUUUACCAGAUCGUCUAGAGACCGACUUAUAUGGAGCGAUUCCAGCUCACUGGCGCAGAAAACCAGCUAUUUCAUCGGCUGACACGCCAAACACACCGCCACCCUCGCCAGGCGGAAUUACCAGUGAAGAAAACUUGGUGCUAAUGAGUAUCACCAUGACGCGACCUGAAGAGAUUGUAUCGGAAGAAAAUCGGUUCCAUCGGAAAAUGGUAACCGUAGACUUCAAUUGUCUGGACUUAGUAGUAAGCGUUGAAUCGUGGAUGGUAGUGUUUGACUUCUUUGGGAUUGCAGGCCUGUCCGAUACAGCGAAUAAUGAAAUCACCAUACGUCAAACCACACCGGAUAGCGAUAGCGUCAGCGCAAGCAAGGUAGAUGAUAAUCUACCAGUGAAAUCGGAAAUGGAGAUAGAAGUGAGAUCGUUGACGCUAGUGUUAACGCAACUGGAACGUGAAAUAGCCAAGGCCAAUGUGUCUAAUGCCAGCGUAAAUAUUCUCAAAGCGGUGGACGGCAAGACUAAGGUAUCGGGAUCAUUGGGUUCGAUGUCGUUGCUAGAUUUAACGCCGCAUGGUCGAUUCUACCGUGAAAGAUUUUUAUCGUCCGGCAGAAAGGCGCUGAAUUUUCAGUACUCGAGCUAUGCCGAUUGUGAAGAUCGACCACAUGACGCGCAGCUUAAACUAGAAAUGUCUGCCGUGCAUUACGUUCACACGCAGAGAUUCGUAGCAGAGUUGCAGGCUUUUUUCUGUCAUUUUUCGCAACUGUGGAGUAUCAUGAAGAAUUUGCGGGCCGGCGUCGGUGCCGUCAUAGAUAUGAACAAGCGUGGUACGCGAUUGUCAUUGCAAUUGCACGCUGGCGCGCCAGUAAUAUUGUUGCCAGUUAGUUCCAGAUCCGAUGAUUUGAUUCUGCUGGAUUUAGGAGAGCUCACAGCGCACAAUAAAUUUGACAUGUCAACGACCGUUCCGGAAUGCUUGCUGGACGUGAUGCUGCUUGAGUUAGUCAACAUGGAUGUAUAUGCAGCGCAAAGAUUUAAGUGUGAUGAUUCAAACUUGAAUGAAGACGCAGAUACUUUGACGGUGGGUGGCUUUUUCAUCAAGAAAAUGGGCUGUUCGCUGCUGACGGAGAAGUGUCAUUUAAAAUUGCGCGUCGAACGAAAUCUCGACACCUAUAUUAGCCGCGACAUACCCGAUCUCAGCGUACAUGGUAUACUGUCAACGAUGGAUUGUGCCUUGGAUCCGGCACAGUACAUGUUGAUUCGUGGCCUUUUGUCUUACAACAUUGGCGAGAACCUAGACGAUUUGCGUCUUCUUGUGCAAGACUUGAAUCACACAGUAGAAUAUGCGAUUCCGGCGGAUAAUCGUUUAAAAACAUGGACCCGAUCAUGUAUAAUUCUCGAGCUGGUUAAUGUGACAGUAAAACUACAUCCGAGUCAUAACAUCGCAGCGUUGGCAUGCAUCAAUUUCAUCAAAUCUCGAUUGACACUGGAUUCGCUGAGCGAUGGUUCGCAGGACAUUGAUCUGGUAUCACAGGAGAUUCUGAUCUUGGACACGCGUUUCCAGAAUGAACCGGUUGAUCGGCAAUGUAAUGUGUUUACGCGAAUUCUGCAACCCUUAAGGAACUCGGCCGACACUAACAUCGCGGAAGACCGCGUUCAAGCCGAAGUGCAUCACCGAAAACGCAAAGCUUAUUCGGCGACUACCAUUUUGUUGCACAGCAUGCGACUGACCGCCAUUCUGGAUUGGUGGCAGGCUGUACGAGAUUUUCUACUACUAAACUCGCCAGAACCGGAACCUAUACCUGGCACUGCUCAGAUGUUAAUCGUCAAUCAAGAGACGGAAAUCGAUACUACCGCAACCAUGACUAUACCAUUCGAAUUGAAAAUUAACAUUACCGAUUCUGAACUGGUCUUCGUUGAAGAUACCGCGAUUCUGGAUACUAAUGCCGUGAUUUUGAAAACUACUGCUGUCUUAUCUUACCGCUCGAUGGCUCAGGAAGGCGAGAAACCAUUAUCCUGUAAUCUCUCGCACUGCGAAUUAUUUUCAUGCAUUUUAGGUCUGGAGAACGAGACUGCCUUGUCGAUCAUAGAUCCGGUUGGGGCAAGUCUAGAUUUAACUCAAGAUAAGGCUCUAGAGAUUCAACUGCAACCGUUGUGCGUCCGACUGAGUUAUCAUGACGUUACCAUGUUUUCUAGAAUGUUGAGUUCGCUUCCCAAGCAGACCCUGUGGGCAAAACAGAGAUCGAGUGAAGCGGUAACGGAGGGUAGUCAGAUAUUAGUGGAUAACCAGGUGUUGAAACUGGUUAAUUUAGGUUUUGCGGAAGCUGACUGUAAGAUCGCAUUGGACCGCUGCGAUGGUCAACUGGACGAUGCCGCCCUGUGGCUCACGCAAAAUGCAGAACCGACAGGUUCCGUUACUGCGGCCGCAGCGGGGAGCGACGAAUCAAUCUUCCGCGCCGUGGAAUUGGAAGCGUCUUGUAUGCGAAUCUGCAUCAUCGACGACUGCCGUGACGCGGAUGUACCACUACUGGAGAUCACACUGGCAGACUUUAGCAUGCGGAAGAUAAGACAGCAGCCUGGCUUUUUACUUGCCACUUUUAGUGUGGAUUAUUACAAUCGAGUGUUGAGCGGUUGGGAGCCGUUUGUCGAACCUUGGCAAGCAAAUAUUCAGUGGGAACAGACGCUUACCGGUUCGCUCGAGCCAAAGAGACUAUAUGUAUCCAUUAAGUCUCAGGAUUCGGUGAAUGUUAAUGUUACCUUAACAUUAGUGGAGCUCGUACAAUUGGUUAAACACAAUUGGACACAGGAUUAUUACUUGUCCAAUGAUAGCACAAUUGUAGGCAAAACGACAACGAGAGGGCAAGUCUAUCGACGCCGAUCACCGUUCGUACCUUUUGCUUUAAAGAAUGAUACAGGUUGUAGACUCUGGUUUAAAACAAUUAUUGCCAUCGCGGAUGAUACGAUAGAUAUCGAUAAGAAGUCAUCUCAAGCGAAAAAAGAUGUGUCGAGCAAGGAUGAUACAUGGAUAGAGGUAACUCCUGGAGGUACAAUAUCGUUUACAUUCGAAGGGAGAGGCAAAAUGAGGCAUCAUGCAACGCAUAUCAGUAGAAGACAUCAGAUUGCGGUUUUGAUCGAAGGAUGGAAAGCCGUGGAUCCUGUGACUGUCGAUCGCGUAGGCAUUUACUUUAGACACGCAAACGCUGACCUUGCUGAGUCUCAGACAUUCGCACCAAAAGCUAGAAUUGUAUUCGCUGUAGAGUUAGAAGGAUCCGCUAGGAAAUUAGUCACUAUUAGAUCAGCCCUCCAAGUGUCCAACAAACUAGCUCAUCCUAUUGAAAUCAAGAUGGAAAAAUCCUUGAAUCAACUGGGAUAUUUACCGUUGACUUUGGCUAACAUCGGGAGAAUCCUACAAGUACCGGCGCAAUCAGUGAUGUCUGUGCCUUUGACGCAUACUGGGGUGCAAAUGUGUUUCAAACCACUCAUUUCGAACUUUUUGUUUCAAUAUUGUGUGGAAUCUGUAGAUUGGACAAUAGUUAAGAAGCCGUUGGAAGUGACGGAAAGCUACAUCACUUGUCGAACCAAUCAGCAUAAUAUAUUCAGAAUGUGUGUAGCAGUACGACGAAACAAUUAUCCGCUCGAUGGUGUGCAAGUAUUGCCAGCGCAUACCAUCACGGUAAUGGCUCCCGUAACGUUAACGAACUUAUUACCAUAUGAACUGAUGUAUGAAGCGGGUAUAGAAGGUGGCAGAAUUGUACCAGGCUGCAACGCGGAUCUACAUUGCGCUAAUCUAAUUGAACAACUGGAAAUUACGAUUCAAUUGGAUGGUUAUCCAGGAUCUGGAGUAGUAAUAUUACCACCAAACAGCUGUUCCUUUACCGCUCGUCUCAAGCUACUGGAUUCUGCCAGCAGGAUGCUGUGCUUACAGGCAUCCGUGAUCGUGGAAAAGGGUUCAGCUGUGCAAAUUAAUAUCACCGCACCUUAUUGGAUUGUAAACAAAACUGGCUUACCGUUGGUGUUUAGACAAGAGGGAGUUGGCAUAGAAGCAGCGGGACAAUUUGAAGAGCAUGAAAGAGCGAGAAUGGUGGCACCGUUACUGUUCUCGUUCAGCGACGAAGAGGCCAGUAGAACAUUGUCAGUGAGAAUCGGCACCGAGGUGCACCCUUAUGGAAUACCGCAAUGGUCUCAGCACUUUCAUCUACAGCCUGGCAUUCAUGUUCAUCGCUUGAGAAUUAGCCUACGCGAUGGAAGGCCCGAUAUAGUCUAUUUGAUUAGUGUAGCCACUCGAGCAGCAAGAGCAAGAUAUAGAGCUACUACGGUAGUCACAUUAUCGCCGAGAUAUCAAUUGCACAAUAAAUCGUCUUAUACGUUGGAAUUGGCUCAGAAAUGUUUCACAACGACUGUUUCUCAUCCGGAUGCUCAGGCGACGUAUAUAACGACUAUGCCUGAAUGUCAUAUGCCUUUUCACUGGCCACGACUGGAUAAAGACAUGUUGCUCUGUGUCAGAAUCACCAAUGUACCGGAUUGCAUGUGGUCGGGGGGUAUCAGAUUGGACGACAAUUAUUCAUUAACUAUUAAUGUCAGAGACAUGAUAGGGAAGAUGCAUUUUCUACGGGUAGAUGUGGUGUUACAGGAAACUACCUAUUUCAUUGUAUUCACCGACGCCGAUACUAUGCCGCCACCCAUAAGAGUAGAUAAUUUCUCAGAGGUUCCACUGAUCGUUAAUCAGAUUGGAGUUCCUGAUAAUUUGCAAUGGACCGUAAGACCUCAUUCGUCGGUACCGUACGCUUUAGAUGAACCAAUACAAACUGCCAGUUUAGUGUUAACAGCACCUGGAGGAGUGACAGCAUCUUACGAUUUAAAUAUACUCGGAGAGGGCAGAGGAUUGACUUACGAAAAUUUUAUUUAUAUUGCAUUUUCAGGAACUUUCAAAACUGAUUCUGACCUCGGAUCAGGUGAAAACGAGCUAGAUCCACUGGAUGUGGAGACUCAGAGAUUAGUCUUGGAAGCUGGCACCGGUGGUUGGGUCGCUUUACGGAGAAAACAGUAUGGCGAUAGAUCGCAACUUUGGAGAAUGACUGGUGAUGGACAAUUGCAACACGAAGGUUCUAGUCCACCGAGAGACAAACAUUCCAAAACUCCAGACACAAUAUUUGUUUUGGACAUAGCAGGCACCGCGCCGCAACCGUUUACUUAUUGCGCUCUCGCCCUAAAGAAACCGGAUCCUAGACGGAGAUCGACGCAAACCUGGCGAUUCACCGAUGAUGGGCGUUUGUGUUGCGUGCAUAAAAAUAUGUGCGUUCAGUCGAAAGACGGCUUUAUGGGAUUAUAUGAAGGCGGCAGUGUCGCCCGUUGGCAAAUGUGGAGCGAAGCGGUAUUAGGUCCUCAAAUGCAUGGUAAUCCGCCACCACUCGAACAACGAGUGGGGAGACAAAAAUUACGCCCAGGUUCUGGAUUCUUAUCAGUCAGAGUGACCACUGACGGUCCGACCCGUGUUUUGCAAGUCCUGGACAUUAAGGAAAGAAAAAAAACGUUUGCCCUACUAGAAGAACGUGAUUGGUCGCACAUCGCUGUGAGUCAUCGGCCUACCCGAAUCGAUGCCGAUAUCAAAAAAUUAGAUUCUGGUGAAUUAGAUCUGAAACUGAACUUACCAGCUGGCCUCGGAUUGUCCAUUGUAUCGCAACGGCCAUUGGAAGAGCUCUUGUUCGCGCGGUUAGCUGGAAUAUCCCUGAAUAUGUUGCAAACCCCAUUAAAUACUACGUUGGACCUGAGCGUCGCCGAUGUGCAAAUCGAUAAUCAAUUAUUCGAAGCGCAAUGCACGUCGGUUUUAUUCGUCACACGUUCAUUUCGCACAGAGGAUGAGUACCGACCUGCUCUCCAUUUGGCUGCCGAGAAGCUGCAAUCGAAAAAUCAAAACGCCGAAAUAUAUAAACACGUCAUAGUGAGUGUCAAGGCUUUGUGUGUACAUUUAGAAGAGAAAUUUAUCCUAAAAUUGGCAGCGUUCCUCGGAAUUGGCAAGUCGGAGUUAGAAAUGCCGGUUGACGAGAAUGAUUUCAAAGCGCAGAGAUUUAUCUCCGAGGUGUCCGCUGCGCAUGCUAAAAGAUAUUACUUUGGCGCUCUGAAGCUCGUUCCUAAUCAGGUAAAACUUAGUGUGCUUACCACAACAAAGUUGCCACAUCAUCUGCAAGCUGUAAAGAGAAAAUUAGGUUUGACUUUGAUCAACUUUGAGAACGCUACUAUCGAGUUGGAGCCAUUCGUCAAGAAACAUCCUUUCGAAAGUAGUCAAUUCUUAAUACAUUCUAUCGUGAAGCACUACAAAGAUGAACUGAAAUGGCAAGCCGCAGUUAUUCUAGGUUCCGUAGACUUUUUAGGAAACCCUCUUGGAUUCAUGAAUGAUGUGACGGAAGGUGUUUCCGGUCUUAUCUACGAAGGCAGCGUGAAAAGUUUAGUGAAAAAUGUCACGCACGGUAUUUCAAAUUCGGCAGCGAAAGUGACGGAGUCCUUAUCGGACGGUUUAGGGAGAGUGAUCAUGGAUGAAAGGCAUGAAGAGGCCAGACAGAGAAUCCGAGCAAAUACUACAGGUAGCAGUGAUCAUUUAGUGGCGGGUCUCAAGGGAUUCGGUUUUGGUCUAUUGGGCGGUGUCACUAGUAUAUUCAAACAAACUUAUGACGGAGCAGCUAAUGAGGGUUUUCCGGGCUUCUUUGCGGGCUUCGGAAGAGGAGUAGUUGGUACAAUAACAAAACCAGUUGUUGGUGUUUUAGAUCUGGCAACGGAAACAGCUAGUGCUGUACGAGAGACAAGUAGAAGCGCUCAUCGUGCGAUACCGAAACGUGAUCGACCGCCACGUGUCGUCAGUGGUUCUACUGGAUUGCUACCACCAUAUAAUCGUCAACAGGCUGAAGGGCAGGAAUUCCUAUAUAGCAUUAAUAAUCGCGACUAUUCUGAACUUUUUGUGGCUUACGAGUGUUUGUGUAGCGGUACGGAGAAUCUCAGAGUGCUCGUGUCUAACGAGAGAAUACGUGUUAUUUCGGGCGGCACGAAGGCCGUAGUGACUCAAGUUGAUUUGGCGGAUCUUCUACGUUGUCAACCAAUGCAAAAGACACAAAGCAACAAUGUAAUCCAGUAUUACAUAGAACUAAUAUCCAGAUUCGAUUCUACAGCUGCGAUUAAUUUAGAUGGAAUGGCCGAGUUGUUGAGACGACCAAAGGUGCGCUGUGACAAUGAAGAAGUAGCGAAACGCGUAUCGCAACAAAUCAAUUAUGCUAAAGGGAUGCAUGAGGAACGCAGUUUGACAUUAUCAUCGUCGGAUAAUAUGUUGGACGACGUGCAAUACUAUAAGUAAUCUGUUCAGACCAAGUCGACUGGAUUUCGUUCUUAUUUCUGACAUGAUUCUUUGAUAUACUAGUCGAAUUUUCAACUUUCUUUUGUAGAACGCACGAUCGGUAUGGAUGCCUUAGUUAUGACGCUUAACGUUAAGUUUAAAAAGACUGAUGCGAAAUACCAUAAUAACUAAAUAACUUGUCGGCACACGAGACACGAAUUCGUAAUUUAAGCGUAAUUGAAUGAUUUCGCGUCUUACAGUUGUGGCGCAGAUAACGCAGAAAUUUUUGAUACAUAUUAAUUAGAUGUAAAAACAUAAAGUAGAUAGAACUCGGAGAAAUUUUCUAAUGUACAUACGCGCGCAUAUAUGUUCUUUAAUAUCGCAUAUACAUGAUUCUAUAUGAUGCAUGUUCAGUAUGUCUUAGAAUCACUCUUUUUCAAAAAGACCAGAAACAAUUAUUUUUAAAUGAAAAUAUAUAGUGGG